GCAGUUGAAAGAUGCGAGGGCAGAAUUGUAAAAGUGAACUGAUGAAAGGAGAAGGGAGUAAACGAGCAACGCCGACGCGUGACCCGCGAGGGCAUCUCGAACUAGGGUUUUACUGCCCCAAGAAGAAUCGUUGUGGAAUCGCAAGUACUCUCUCGCAUGACCCAGGUACGAUCCAAGGAUAGAGGUCUCCAUGUCGAUCUAAGUCUGCUUCUUAUGAUAAUUAAAGGGCUCUUCAGGAGGUAUAAGAGAUGGAAUCCUGUACACCCCACUAUUGGCACAUUUUGGGGAAUGGGCAUAGGUGUGGGAUGUGGCGUGGGAUGGGGUCCUGGUUUUGGUCCUGAGGUCAUUGGAUAUGUCGGGGCAGGCUGUGGUGUAGGAUUCAGCGUGGGCAUUACUCUGGCCGGUAUCGAUGUUGGCCUUCCCCGCAAUGACCUUUUUCAAAUCCUAUACAAUGCUACUACAACAAAGGCUGCUCCUUUCGACAUGGCAAAGUCUUCCACAUUUAUCGCCAUGAAGGGCGUCACAGAGGAUAGUUUGAACUUUGUUGCACCUCAUAUAUCUUUUUUGAGGAAAGAAACUAGCUGGAGGCUCUCGAAGCUCAAGUCAAAUAUUCAUGUGCAGGGAACUGAGUUAAACAAACUUAACACUGUAGUAUCAAAGAAGAUUCAGUCUACUUUAGAGUGUUUAGAAGCCUUCAAACAGAAUGUCUGGCAGCCUCCAAAGGAUCAAUAAGCAGAUUGCAAGUGUUCAAUCUUUGGAUGUGUGAGCUUCUUCUUUGGUAUACAAGGCUAAUUUGUAUGAAAAUUUUUAAGUGUAGAGGCAGCAAAAUUCAAGAUGGAGCUACAUGUUCCAUCAAUUUCCCUUCUUAAUUUGUAGAUAUUUAGACCUACAAAAUUCUGAAGUCUUUAAUAAAUUAAGCACAGAAACAUCUAUUAUUUUUUUUUUA